CACGUGGAUUCAAAGAAUUAUGAAAGUGACAGCAAAAGUAGAUCUAAUAGGGGCACCAAGUCACAAGAAUUAUCCAAGAGCUAUCAGUUAAUGAUCAAUUUUCAGAUUCGAGGGAACUAUCGCAUAUUAGCGUGCCAUCCAAAAAUACAAACACGGAAAAAAGGACAGAUCAGCUCAAUCACCUGUGUUAUGAGAUCAACAAGGAAUCUACUGCAAUUGGCCUAUAUGAAACUUAACAAUGAAGUAAGGGAACACAUUCCAGAAAACACUACGCAUGCUAUAGUGCGAAAAA